CCAAAUUCCAGUCAUAACUGCCCCUUUCCCCAAAUCCCACGAUCCCGUGCUAAAACAAAUCGAGACCCGAGCUAGGGUUUCUCACCACCGGCGGCGGGAUGGGCGGCAACAUGGCCAAACCUGCCAUACCCAAGCACCACCACCAGUCCCCUCCUCCUCUCCUUCCUCCGCCGCCGCAUGGUCCCCGCGAAAUGGCCUCUCUGCCGAUCCCCGACGACCUCCUGCCAGAAAUCUUCAUCCGCCUGCCUACCCCAACCGAUCUCGUCCGAGCCUCCGCCGCGUGUGUCACCUUCCGCCGCGUCGUUGCUGAUCGAUCCUUCCUCCGGCGGUACCGCAAGCUCCACGCCCCGCCCCUCCUCGGCUUCCUCAAUCCGCAUAGCGGCUUCCACCCCGCCGUGCCGCCUCACCCCUCUGCGUCGGCAGCCUGCGCCGUUGCCCUUGCCGUCGACUUCUCCUUCUCUUUUGUCCCCGCGCCAGCCACUUCUUACCGCUGGACCGUCCGGGACAUCCGCGACGGCCGCUUCCUGCUAGUCAGCGCCGGCCAUGGUUUUUGGUGUGGAGAAACGGUGGUCUGCGACCCCUUGCACCGGCGAUACAUCCGGCUUCCACCAAUCCCUGACGACCUAGCUGCUAUGGUGGCAAACCCGGGUUUUUCCGAGACUUUUCUAGUUCCCCGGUGGAACGGCCAUGAUGAUGAGGCAGCAGCUGCGGAAGAGACAUCAUUCAGAGUCAUGGGUAUAGUGUACUGCGAAGCUAACGUCAUCUCCUUUAUCUUCUCUUCCAGCACCAUACAAUGGCGAGCCAUUGCAUCCCAUAGUUGGAGCGAUAUGUUACCUGGCUUGCUAUCGUCGAUGGAGGAGAGACUCUUCUGCUGGCGCUAGCACCAGUAUGCGUAUGGCUGCUUUUACUGGAUUUCAGCAGACUGGGAGUAUGAAAUGAAAAUAUUGGUCUUCGACACCCGGAGGAUGGAGUUCUCCAUUGUCGACCUCCCAUCCGAGGCGAAACAUGCAUCCAGUAAUGAUAUAACUAUGAUCGAAGCAGGAGAAGGCAAGCCUGGGAUGCUUAUCCGUGGAUAUGACAUAUUUGGUCGCAUUUAUACUAUUUGGAGAAACAAUGGUGGGAUUUCCAGCCAGUGGUGGAAGGAGAAGGUAAUCUCACCCUCAUUGGGCUGUGAGUACAUAGAGAGCGGUUCAAUGGGGAAGUACUUGGUCCUGAAUCACUUGGGAGACUCAUCACUCGAGCCAGGCUUAUACAUGUUGGACAUCAAAACAUUAGAACUUGAGAGGGUGUGUGCUUCGAUAGUGCAAGGCUUCGCAUAUAGCAACUGCCCACCAUCGUUGUCGUCGCCGACAAUAUCAAGCGGUAUUGAGGAGGAGGUGCUGGAAUAAGGUUAUGCAUAGAUGCCCAUCAUGAUGAUGAUGCAGAUGGUGGAGGUAAGGCUGUGUGUUGAGGGUUGGAGAUGGUGCCGAUUGAGGUUCUCCUGCAACUUGGCGAUAGGGUUGUAGUCUGCAGUAGGGUGCUUUGGGUCGUUAUAUGGUCAUAUAUAUGCGACAUGUUGUUUACCUUGCCUUGUGUGGCUUGAUCUGACAAACAAUGGGGGUGUCUAUGCCGCAUAAGGUGGCGAGAGCAUCAUUGGCAUUAAGUUUCUGUGCAAUUAGUAAGUAAUUAAGACUCUGUAUUAAAUCAAAGUGAUUGUGAUGUUGUUGUAUUCCUGCUAAUAGGUGUGCCUGCUAUUGCUAGAACAUAAAGUGUGUGGAAUAAAGUCAGGUAUCUGUAAUGAAGGAGAAAUGCCAAUUUUGUCCUGCACAUGCAUAAUAGGUGAUAUGGAACUAAGUUGCUAUGUGUACAAAGAAGUGAAUCGCAUGGUUAUCUAUCUGCUGUUCAGCUAAUUGUGCGGCAUCAGAUUGCAAUUUAUUUGAAUGUCAGUCAGUUGUUUUUUCAUUUUAAUCAGAACCAAGGCCGAUGACAGUAGCGUGUAUGUUUUGCUCUUAUUUGGAUGACAGUAGUAAGAGAGAUGGUUUUAUUUUGCCUAUCUUCUUUUGGACAGAUUAUGCCAAUUGUCACUACUAAGACUGACAGUUAUCUUAGCUUGGCUUUUCUAACAUGCUUUAGCCGAUUUGACAUGGUUGGUUGUGGAUUUUGAUGGGUUGCAGAUUCAACAUGGAAGGAAGUAUUUGCUGUUAUAUCUCUCUAAUUCUGCCGAGGUCAAUGUUAUAGCAUUGUUUGUUUUUUCAUUUGUGCCCUAGUACUUUAUCUUAGCUAUUCAGUUUCUUCCCGUGCUUUUCUCAUAAUGAUUUUUCCCAGUGUUGCCCAAUGUUUCUCCCUUAAUAUCAACAACUUGAAUAUGCACAUAAUUUUGAGAUAUCAAAUUCAGGCAGGUGUUGAGAAGGAGAUUUGGAACAAGGUGCCAAGGCACUGCCAGCUCAAUCAAUAGCCCAAAGAGAUCACCAUCAUGAUGAUAAAACUGUUUGUGGUCAGGCUGGUGUGUGGUGGACUGGAGAUGGUUCUAAUUGAGGUUGUGCUGUCACUCAGAAAAUUAACCACAUGUUGGUCAU